GGCCAGUGGCAGGAGCGGCGCGCCGCCACCCGCGGGGGGCGUGGGAUGGGGGAGGCGGCGGAGGGGAGCGCCCGCUGCCACUAGAGCCAACCGCGCACUUCCGAAGGGUGUCGCGGCUGCGCUCCCCUCCCGCGCCCCGGGAACUUCAAAGCGGCCCGCGCUGCGGGCUGCGCUCUGGGACCCCGAAGCCUUGCACCGCCACCGGGUGGCCAUGACCCCAGCGCGCGGCCCCGCACUGAGCCUGGCCCUCCUGCUGGUGGCCCUGGCAGCCGACCUUGCGGCAGGACUGAAGUGUGUGUGUCUUUUGUGUGACUCUUCAAACUUUACCUGCCAAACUGAAGGAGCAUGUUGGGCCUCUGUCAUGCUAACCAACGGGAAAGAGCAGGUGAUCAAAUCAUGCGUGUCCCUCCCGGAAUUAAAUGCUCAGGUCUUCUGUCACAGUUCCAACAAUGUGACCAAAACCGAAUGUUGCUUCACAGACUUCUGCAACAACAUCACACUGCACCUUCCCACAGCAUCACCAAAUGCCCCCAGACUUGGCCCCACAGAGCUGACGGUUGUUAUCACCGUGCCUGUUUGCCUCCUGUCCAUAGCAGCCAUGCUAACGAUAUGGGCCUGCCAGGACCGCCAGUGCACAUACAGGAAGACCAAGAGACACAAUGUGGAGGAACCGCUCGCAGAGUACUGCCUUGUGAAUGCUGGAAAAACACUCAAAGAUCUGAUCUAUGAUGCCACUGCCUCUGGCUCAGGCUCUGGUCUGCCUCUCUUGGUUCAAAGAACAAUCGCAAGGACAAUUGUACUUCAAGAAAUCAUAGGAAAAGGUCGGUUUGGGGAAGUGUGGCACGGAAGAUGGUGUGGAGAAGAUGUGGCCGUGAAAAUAUUCUCCUCCAGAGAUGAGAGAUCUUGGUUCCGUGAGGCAGAAAUUUAUCAGACGGUGAUGCUGAGACAUGAGAACAUCCUCGGUUUCAUCGCAGCUGACAACAAAGAUAAUGGAACAUGGACUCAACUUUGGCUUGUGUCAGAGUAUCAUGAACAGGGCUCCUUAUAUGACUAUUUGAAUAGAAACAUAGUGACCGUGGCUGGAAUGGUCAAACUGGCACUUUCUAUAGCGAGUGGUCUGGCUCACCUGCACAUGGAGAUCGUGGGUACUCAAGGUAAGCCUGCUAUUGCUCACCGAGAUAUAAAGUCAAAGAAUAUCUUAGUCAAAAAAUGUGACACUUGUGCCAUAGCUGACUUAGGGCUGGCUGUGAAACAUGAUUCUAUCAUGAACACUAUAGACAUACCCCAGAAUCCUAAAGUGGGAACCAAGAGGUAUAUGGCUCCCGAGAUGCUUGAUGAUACAAUGAACGUGAGCAUCUUUGAGUCCUUCAAGCGAGCUGACAUCUAUUCGGUGGGGCUGGUUUACUGGGAAAUAGCUCGAAGGUGUUCAGUUGGAGGACUUGUUGAGGAGUACCAGUUGCCUUACUAUGACAUGGUGCCUUCAGAUCCUUCAAUAGAAGAAAUGAGGAAGGUUGUUUGUGAUCAGAAACUCCGACCAAAUCUCCCGAACCAGUGGCAAAGCUGUGAAGCACUCCGGGUCAUGGGAAGAAUAAUGCGUGAAUGCUGGUACGCCAACGGGGCAGCACGCCUGACGGCCCUGCGCGUGAAGAAGACCAUCUCUCAGCUGUGUGUCAAGGAAGAUUGUAAAGCCUAACGCAGCGUACAGACAAAGGGAGAGUGCUCACAGCUUUCCUUCAUGGCUCCUGCUUUGUGUAAAUGUUUUUGCUUCUUUUCUGCUGUGUUUUAUUUUAGUUUCUACCUCAAGGAUGACUCACUACAGUGUUGAAGUGUCCCAAAGGAAGCAUGAAAAAAGAUAACUCUUUAAGUUCAGCAUGGGCAGGUCUUGACUUUCCAUGUUGUCCUUAAUUUUAUUUUUUAAAGGGGACACGACUUAUUUUUCUUUUUAUUUAAGGAGGAAGAUGUUAUGAGUAUAAGAUAAGCUACAUACAAUGGUUAAAAAAAAAACAAUUAAAUUUUUGUUAUACUUGAAUCAAGAGCAUCCACAAAUGAGAUGAAGACGUAUUUAAAAUGUGAACUAGAGUAUGCUAUAGUGAAAUGGAACUGUAAAAAUUAACUGGACCCUUGAAAAUUAAAUUUUGCUCAGAAUUUUCACAUUUAAAGACUGGAAAGGUGGAGUAUCAAAGUGAUGCCGUGUUCUCAGGACUUGCUUUCUUCUCCUUGCCACUCUGCAUCACUACGACAGCUGUCCCUAUGUAGUUUGAAAGCCACCCGAGCCAUUA